UUCUAUCUCUGUGUUCCCUCCGCCUGCAACCCUCACUCUGGGAUCACAGAGACAGGGAAGAGAUAGCCCUAACUUUCCCCCAUUAGAGUUAGGGAAGAGAGAGAAAGAGAGGGAAGAGAGAGAGAGAGGGAGAAGAUUAGCAUAACUUUGCCCCCCAUGGGAGAGGGAUAAGAGAGUGACAGAGCUACUCCAUCACUUUGCUCCAUUAGACAGAGAGAGAGAGGGAAGAGAGAGAAAGAGAGAAAGAGAGAAAAUGAUGAACAAGAAGAGGCUGGCUACGAACCCUGCCAGUGUCCCGCCUCAGUCGAAGAAGAGGACGGAAGAAGAGGAUGUUAUUGAUGAAAUGGAUGAAGAUGUAUUCGUCGAAGAGACCCUCCUCCUCAGAGAAGAAGAAGACCUCCUCUACCAGGAUUCUGGUCUCUCCGCUCGCCUCUCCAAAUGGAAGCGGCCUCAACUCUCCCCCCAAUUCUCCCCUCACUCCACAUCCAUAGUGUUUCAGCAACUAGAGAUUGAUUAUGUGAUUGGGGAAAGCCAUAGACAACUCUUGCCUCAGGCAUCUGGUCCUGUUGCCAUUCUCCGAAUUUUCGGUGUCACAAAAGAAGGUCACAGUGUAUGUUGUCAUGUUCAUGGCUUCCAACCCUACUUCUAUAUCAGUUGCCCUGAUGGUAUGGGUCCGGAUGACAUCUCCAGAUUUCAUCAGAUUCUUGAGGGCAGAAUGAGGGACGCUAAUAGAAGCAGCAAGGCACCAAGGUUUAUCCUGAGAAUUGAUUUGGUGCAGAAAAGGAGCAUCAUGUAUUACCAAGAGCGAAAGUCACAUGCUUUCCUAAAGAUAGUUGUUGCUCUGCCGACUAUGGUUGCUAGUUGUCGAGGCAUUUUAGAAAGGGGCCUCCAAAUCGAUGGUCUUGGUUUGAAGAGUUUCACCACAUAUGAGAGCAAUGUUCUUUUUGCCCUCCGCUUUAUGAUCGAUUGCAAGGUUGUUGGUGGCAACUGGAUUGAACUUCCUGCUGGACAAUAUCAGAAGACAGCACGUAGUAUAUCUUAUUGUCAGCUAGAGGUUGAUUGCUUAUACACUGUAUUGAUCAGCCACGCUCCGGAUGGAGAAUUCUCAAAAAUGGCUCCAUUUCGCAUCCUGAGUUUUGACAUUGAAUGUGCUGGUCGCAAGGGACUUUUUCCUGAGCCAAGCCAUGAUCCUGUUAUUCAGGUGGCCAAUCUAGUCACAUUACAAGGAGAAGAUCGUCCCCUCAUCCGUAAUGUUAUGACUCUUAAGUCCUGUUCCCCAAUUGUUGGAGUUGAUGUGAUGUCAUUUGAUACAGAGAGGGAGGUCUUACUAGCUUGGCGGGAUUUCAUUCGUGAGAUAGAUCCUGAUAUCAUUAUUGGAUAUAAUAUCUGCAAGUUUGAUCUUCCAUAUCUCAUUGAGCGGGCGGAGGCCUUGAAGAUAACUGAAUUUCCUAUUCUAGGUCGCAUCAGAAAUAGCAGGGUUCGUAUCAAGGACACCACUUUUUCUUCAAGACAAUAUGGAACCCGAGAAAGCAAAGAAGUCGCUAUUGAAGGGAGAGUUCAAUUUGAUUUGCUUCAGGUCAUGCAGAGAGAUUACAAAUUAAGUUCGUACUCGCUAAACUCCGUAUCAGCACACUUCCUGGGAGAACAGAAGGAAGAUGUUCACCACUCAAUCAUCUCUGAUUUGCAAAAUGGAAACUCAGAGACCAGGCGGCGGCUUGCUGUAUAUUGUUUGAAGGAUGCUUAUCUACCACAACGACUUUUGGACAAGUUAAUGUUUAUCUACAACUAUGUGGAGAUGGCGAGAGUCACAGGGGUGCCUAUCUCCUUUCUUCUUGCAAGAGGACAAAGCAUUAAGGUUCUUUCUCAACUUCUUAGGAAGGCAAAGGAGAAGGAUUUAGUUAUUCCAAAUGUUAAGGGUCAAGGUUCUGGGCAAGAUACAUUUGAAGGUGCAACGGUGUUGGAAGCCAAGUCUGGAUUCUAUGAAAAUCCUAUUGCAACUUUGGACUUUGCAUCCUUGUAUCCAUCCAUAAUGAUGGCGUAUAAUUUGUGUUACUGCACUCUGGUCAUGCCUGAUGACAUUCGCAAGUUCAAUUUACUACCGGAAUGUGUUAAUAAAUCACCAUCUGGUGAAACUUUUGUUAAACCAACUCUGCAGAAGGGCAUACUUCCUGAAAUUCUUGAGGAGCUACUGGCAGCUCGUAAAAGAGCCAAAGCUGAUCUAAAGGAAGCGAAGGAUCCAUUUGAGAGGGCAGUAUUAGAUGGCCGGCAAUUAGCACUUAAGAUCAGUGCUAACUCUGUAUAUGGUUUUACUGGAGCAACUGUCGCUCAACUGCCUUGUUUGGAGAUAUCGUCUAGUGUGACAAGCUAUGGUCGCCAGAUGAUAGAACACACAAAGAGGCUUGUUGAAGAACGGUUUAAAACUCUAGGUGGCUACAAAACUGACGCUGAGGUUAUUUAUGGAGACACCGAUUCGGUCAUGGUACAAUUUGGUGUACCAACUGUAGAAGAAGCAAUGGCAUUAGGGAGAGAAGCAGCAGAGUACAUCUGUGGUACAUUUACAAAGCCCAUUAAACUUGAAUUCGAGAAAGUUUAUUACCCAUAUCUACUGAUUAGCAAGAAAAGAUAUGCUGGACUUCUCUGGACCAAUCCAGAAAAGUUUGACAAAAUGGACACCAAAGGCAUUGAAACGGUUCGAAGGGAUAACUGUCUUUUGGUGAAAAAUCUGGUGAAUGAAUGCCUUCACAAAAUACUCAUUGAUCGAGACAUACCAGGUGCAGUUCAAUAUGUGAAGAAUACAAUUUCUGAUCUUUUGAUGAAUCGCAUGGAUUUGUCACUUUUGGUGAUUACUAAGGGUUUGACCAAAACUGGGGAUGACUAUGCAGUGAAAGCUGCACAUGUUGAGCUUGCUGAACGCAUGCGAAAGAGAGAUGCUGCUACUGCUCCAACAGUUGGAGAUCGUGUUCCUUAUGUCAUUAUUAAAGCUGCAAAAGGUGCCAAGGCCUAUGAAAGGUCUGAGGAUCCUAUAUUUGUACUGGAGAACAACAUUCCCAUAGAUCCUCAAUACUAUUUAGAAAAUCAAAUUAGCAAGCCACUUCUGCGGAUCUUUGAGCCAAUUCUGAAGAAUGCAAGCAGAGAGCUUCUCCAUGGUAGUCAUACAAGGGCUGUUUCCAUAUCAACUCCAUCCAACAGUGGUAUCAUGAAAUUUGCGAAGAAACAACUGACUUGCAUUGGCUGUAAAACCCCAAUCAGAAAUUCAGAGCAAACACUCUGUAAUCAUUGCAAAGGAAGAGAAGUUGAAUUGUACAACCGCACAGUUGCUAAUGUGAGUGAGUUAGAAAUGCUUUUUGGGAGGCUAUGGACUGAGUGCCAGAGGUGUCAAGGCUCUCUCCAUCAGGAUGUGCUCUGUACAAGUCGGGACUGUCCGAUAUUUUAUAGAAGAAAGAAAGCGCAAAAGGAUCUGGCAGAAGCGGAGCUGCAAUUGGAUAGGUGGCAGUUCUGAGUAGUGCAUUUUUUAGGAAUGCGUACAUGGUUGCUUGAAGUCUUACCUUAUUUGGUUUCGAAGACCCUUGAUGCUGUUCCAACAGGAUAGGUCUUUUCCAAAGAUCAUGCUAUGGAUGGGUAUGCAUGGAUUGACUGCUCAGGUCCCACUUGAGAGUUCUACAUAACAAUGAAUUUAGAAAGACAAGAUGCUUUGGUACCUGGUAUUCUUGGUUAUUUUAGGCCUCAAGAGUGAGAACAUUGCUCAGGUCACUACACAGUCCAGCUUUCCUUUCCCAUCACCAAACCGAGUCCAGAUGACAUUUUGAUUAGACGAUGACUCAGGGUUUAGAAACGGACAGGUAUAAAACGGAAGUGAUGCAUGGUGCUGCCAUUUUUUUGCACGAUGCUUGCUAGGAAGAUGAGAAUGAAUUGCCAAAAGCGUCGGUCUCUUCAUCUGAUCAACUUCAUAAUGUCAUGUAAACUAAGUAUUACUAGAAAGGGGACAGCAGUAUGCACAGAGAUGCCCAUUUGGGAUGGCAAUGGAUCACUAUUUAACAUAAUUUUAUACUGUUGACCGUAAUUUUAUUGCAGAAAUCUACCAGGUUCUGUGAACUGCUUUCAUUCUAAUUAAUAUCACCUACGGUUUCCUCAGU